UUUUUUUUUUUUGUUAUUUUACCAAAUUGAAAACCUCUGGAAUAUAAUUAUGAGGAUAAUGGAUGAUCACAAGCCAUAAAAACCAAGCUGAACUGCUUGAAUUUUUGCACCAGGAGUGGCAUAAAGUUAUAUAAAAGCAGUGUGCAAGACUGGAGGAGAACAUGCCAAGAUGCAUGAAAACUGUGAUUAAAAACCAGGGUUAUUCCACCAAAUAUUGAUUUCUGAACUCUUAAAACUUUAUGAAUAUGAACUUGUUUUCUUUGCAUUAUUUGAGGUCUUUUUUGUUAUUUCAGCCAUUUCUCAUUUUCUGCAAAUAAAUGCACACCCAUUUAUCUAUUCACUCUCACACACCUGUUCAGAGACAUUUUAUUAAAAGACCACUAUGCAUUAAAGUGGAAGCACAGCUCAAACAACCCCCCACCCCAGACUAAUUAAGACACGCGACCUCUUCACGCGCGCCUAUAGUGAAAGUUUCGAGACUGCAGCCCCGGGGACGAGGGGUCAGAGCCAUCAAUCAACAUCCCCUAAACACUUAAGGCCUCCUAUAAAAGCCCACCCCACCUCUGCUCCCCACAACUCAUCACAAUCAUUCAUACACACACACACACACACUCCUCCACACGACCCCCUUCAUCCAUACAUCCAUCACCAUGCAGAAGGACCUGAGCACCCCCACCAGCCGCUUCUUCAUAUGGCGGGACUACCUAAAUCUGAGGGACACCCUGGAGCGCGUGCUCCAGCAGUCCAGGCUCGAGGAUGUGGGACCCCAGCCCCCCACUCCCAUAUCCCCGACCACUUCCAUCUUACUGCCCGGGACAGAGCGAGAAGCCGGGGGCCAGCAGGACCAGGGAGAGGCGCUGUCUCAGAGCAGCGGAGGAGCGGAGAGUGGAGAAGAAUUGUUUUAUGCACCGGUCCGAACCGAGACGCCCCCUAGUGUCCGCGAGGGCUCCUGCGCCUUCUGCCGGCGGAACGGUGAGAGCACCGAGGUGUACCGGAGCCACCGGCUGCGCAGGCGGGACGGCAGGGUGAUGUGCCCCGUGCUGCGGAGCUACAUGUGCCCGCUGUGCGGAGCCACCGGAGACACCGCGCACACCCGCCUCUACUGCCCCAACAGGAGCGACACAGAGCCGCGCCGCAGCGCCGCCCACAGGCGGGACACCCGCGCUCCGUAAAACACAGAGAAAAGACAGUGAGAGAAAAAGCGCGUGACUGAAUCACUACUGCACACGAGUCUCAAACACCACCAUAAGUGCAAUGGAGGUUUUUCCCUAAAGCUAAAGUUCAGCUCUGUGGAGUUCAUGUGCAGGUUUUAAACAGUGUGUUCUUCUCCACAGAGCUUCUGUACAGUUUAUAUAAAGCCUUAUACAAAGCCCCAAGAAACAUGCGCGGCUGCACGCUGUUCUGAAGAGUUUUAUACAGGAAAUUUUUUUUCAUGUUUUUUCUGUUGUUUGCUGUUUUGUACAAAAUAAAGAAAAGUUUUCCUAAUGCAAAACAUCUCGCUCUCUGUCAGUCUAAACUGAGAAUUCAGGAUGUCAAUAACUGUUUAUUGCUUUAACUAUAUCAAAAAACAGUGAACAAAAGUAGAGUAUAAUAAUAACUAAAAACAUAGACGUAGCUAAAUAAG